AUGGACCAACCUCCUCCUUCGUCGCAGAAAAGAACGCUUCUCGAAGACAACAUACCCGAUAUAUCCACAGGUGGUGCACCAGAUCACCAGUCCAAGCGGAUCAGAAUUACCCUCCCACCGCCCGUAUCGUUGAUAUCGCCCACUCAACAGA